AUGGGCCACGGCAGCUCCAGAUCAACGAGCCCCGAGCAAGGCGUGGACCUUGAAGAAACGGAGCCGUCCAGGCGAAGGAAUUUGCGGAGGAGAUUCAGGUUCUACCGCUGCUCCCGCGACAGCGGGUCGAACCCUUUGCUCAAGAACCUCAACUCCGACGAUUUCGCUGGCAUUGUCUGCAUCGAACUCAUCUGUGUAUGCUUUCCUAUCUUACCAAAACAUUUCCUGACCAAGUCCAAGCCGACGAUCCUUCGCAAAUUCAAUGAAGAUCGCCGUGGGUGAACUUAUGGUGUUCUGUUACCGUUGGCCGCUGAAAAUCGAUCUCGGAUUUCUUCUUCGAUGUUCACUGCAGGCGCAGAUGAAUUUCAAAGACAAGUGGUUCGCUUGUCUCUCUCUCGGAGAGCGGACGUAUCGUACGGCGACGUCCGACCAGUUGAGUACUUCUGAAGAUCCUUUAUUGUCCUCGGUUUCCUGGCGAUAGUCUUUUGUAACUUUGUCGUCCAAAUUUUAAACGGAGGGCAGAUCCGACUUGGACGUCACGUCUGCAUCUCUGUUGCACUGCGAUGUUGUAAUUCGUCCAAUUAAAGUUAUAAUCGGAAGCACGCUCUCACCAUACGGGACUCUAAAAUAGACUUAGCAUGCAAGGGAGUAAGAGAAGGGCGACAGCAUUGCGACGUUCUGAACAUUCAUUUGGAUUGCAUUAUCAACGCUGUUGUGUUUCACAUACUCCCUUGGAUGACCGAUCAGUCUUUUUUAGAAUCCCAUAUGGUGAUAGCGUUCGACCGACAACAAUUUGAUCAUGCUCUUCGAUUAAAUUGUAGCAGCUCAGUUUAACUAUUAUUUCUCCAAGAGCGGAUGGUGUAUUCUAAUGUGAGUUAUAAGAGUAUAGGUUAGUUAUGGGUUAGAUCCCGUUAUUUGAUUUACCUAAAGUAAGAAAUGUGUUUAGACAUCAUGAGACCGGAAUUCUUGUCGUGGUUAUUUAUUGAAACUUCCGCUAACGUAUCUCUUUUGUUUAUGUUGUGAACACUUGUACAGCACAGAGACUCCUGUUUGGAAAUCUGUAAGUAAACUUCUUUCAUGAUGCUAUGAGAUGGAUUCAUCGAGAUUCUUUAUUGGGAUGUGUGAUUGUACGCAUCACAUGCAUGCGCUAUUUCGCAGUUAACUGUUGACCAAUCUCUAUUUUUUAUCGAAAAUACAUGAAGCACAUGCAACUGUUUUGUCUCGUGGAAGUCGAAGGGAAGAUUGGACAAUUUAAACAAGAGCAACAUAGGAACUUUCAAAAGAUAUCAUCCCCGAUUUUCUGAUUGUUCAUAUAAGAAAGAGUAUAGUCGAACAUAGUGAUCUUAUAUCAUUUGAGAGAUAUACAUAUGCUUCUUUUAUUUUCAGCUCAGUGUCACCGCAAAUCGAAGUGCAUCUGUAACACUAAAAGCCCUAUAACGUUCUAUAAUGAAAGAAUGGAAUAUCUAUAGUUUAUGUCGCUGGAAUGUCCAAUCUUCUUAUUAUUGGGCAUACUUAUGUUGAUGACCUGAAAUGGAGUCGGUGCUUCAGAAAAUGGUUGAUACCAUUCAACACAUGGCCACAACUUUUAUUGGAUUAUUUGAUCGCCAGAAUUGGUGUAAUUCUACUCCCAUUGUAAAAUCCUGGAAUUCUGCAGCAUGUCAUGAUGCUACAGGCACCGUCAAUUUUUGUAUAGAAAAUAGAAAAUAAUAUAAUUAUAAAAUAUAUUAUGUUAAAUUAACCACUUGUGCACUAUUACGACCAGGUCAAGAUUUUUUUAAAAUAGUACUAUUCUUAUUUCAACAUUAUUUACUAAUCGACGCUUUCAAAUGAAUUAAGUUUUUGGGGAAUGAAUGAGAAUAUUUUUACGAAGAUCCUUUUUAUGCUGAACAUAAUUCAAAACAUAUAAUUUCCACAUGAAAAUGACGACUUAUAUUUUCCAAUUUUUCAAAAAAAAUGGAUUUUUUUCAAGUUUAUAGAUUCAAGAUUCCUACUGAUUAUAUUUCUUUUGCCACAACUUAAUAUCACGAAUAUAUCAGAAUAGAUUCAAGUUUCCAGAACUACACGGGGUCUGGAAAUUUCAUGUGUUUGGUAUAGUUUUUGACUUUCCUUUUAUCUUGAAACGUGUGUACUACCUUUAUGUAAUAGAUCCAUUGAUGGGAUUCUCGAAGAAAUUCGUCUGAAAAAAAAAUGAAUAGGACUAUUGCGGGUUUAAUGAUAUUCUUUGGGAUUUGGUGUCAAUCAGUGCAUUUACUUACGAACUGUACUUCUUUCUAAACAGGACUCGACUCGCAUGAAUGCAAAUUGAAGUAAUGCUCUUCUUCUAUGACACGAAUUGCAGUUAAUAUAUUUUAAUAAACCUCUAUGACCGAUUCCCAGCAGAAGUCUGAUGAAACCGUUUGUUAACUGACUCAUCUGAUCCUGAGAGGAUCGUGAUUAGUAACUUAAAUUGCAUAAAUCUAUUGAGAUAAACCAAGUGAGAAACUAUGGGGGUGCGAUGUAUAGAUGGCAGCAUAUGAUAGUUUUUUUAUAGAUGAAAUGAAUCUAUAAAGUUUGAUUCAUUCUAAAAGACCCUAUGAAUAAUUUGGGAUAGCCUAACUCGCGGUAAUUUGAGCAUAGAAACCACUGGACCUAUAUCACUAAGUAGGAGUAUUCUUUAAAAUAAUUAUUUCAAAACAGGGAACGAUUAGCAUGUCAUUAUUACUAUAAUUUUCUUAGCAUAGCCUCACCAGUUUUCCGCAUUUUUCUUCUUUGUAGAUAUCAGUUGUAGUUUUGCCUCAUCAAUUUUACUAUGGUACAUAGUAUCAUUAAUAUUUAUGGUUUUUUAAUUGUAGGAGAAGAAACUACUUUUGGAAAGAGAUGGACCUAACAUCGCACGCAUCUCAGUUUUUGAGGUACGUUUCUAUAUGUGAGCGUAAAUUAUUUUUAUGGACCGUAAUCAGCUUUAGUAGUGCCAAGAAAGACGACUCAUAAUUCAAGAGGGCAGUUUAGUUGCCAGACCAUAUAGUAAUCACCUUUCUGGGUAUUCAAACUUAGACCAAUUCUGGGUAUGAUCAUCAAAGGUUUCCAUAUUUCGCAAAAAAUGUUUGUAAACGUGCUUUGGUGAUGAAUGUUACAAAUUUCCCAGAAAAUCUUUUGGUCUGUUGCCUGAAAUUUUCAUAAAAUUAACCAUUGGAAACCAUUUUACGCAGUUGUGAUGAAUGAUGGGCACAAACUUGGCUAUUUCUAUUGUUACAUGGUAGUAACCAACCGAUUACAAAAAAGAGCGCUCAGUUGUAAGUACUAGGUUGAUUAGCAUUUUCGAACCGUUCCCAGUCAUUGAGCCAUGGUAAAUCAGUCAAGAUAUUUUCACGUGAAGCAGAGAAACAAGAUUUUCAGUAUUUCCCUCGAGGAACACACCUAAGCUCUAGAAUGACAAAACCCAGCUCCCUAAAGUUGAAUGGUGAUCUAUUAAUUAAACUUUUCAAGCUCUCAAAAUUUCAAUCGAGUGUAAUACAGGUCAACAAACUAUCUUUUGUAUGGAGGAAACUAUUUGAGCAGUUUAGAUUGAAGUGGGCUGGCAGUAUCUCAGGAAGACCUUUUUUUCAUCAAUAAUGGUUGUUUUACUGCUUAGGAAUUUAGGACGAAGUAGUGCCUUCAUUUGGUUCGCUAGAUAAGCUCAACAUUGUAUUGGUUGUGAACACGCAAUGUCUUUCCUUUUUCUCAUGCACAUUUUUUUUCUCCUCUUCAUUAAGUUGAGUUUUUUAAUCGUAUUUUAAAUCAUGCUUUUUGCUUCCCUCUCUUGUUCUAUAACCUUGGAUAUGAUGGGGUGUUUUCCAUGCACAACAAAUUAUCAGAUGAAACUAGACUGAAUGUAAAAUGUGUUGUUUAUAUGCAGUCUGAUGGGAUGUUAUGUGUUAUUAACCUACUCUUUCUUUGCUGCAGACCAAUAGGUUAUCUAAGAAUAAUAUGGUCGGAUAUUGUGAGAUUGAUCUCUUUGAAGUUCUUUCUUCUGUAAGGCAUCUGAAUAUUCUGAAGUUUCUUGAUUUUAUGAUUUUAUCAAAGUUUCCCAACCUUUAAUCGGAUGACCAUUCUAUGCUUAGAUUUUCAUGCUUCCACAUGGAUGGAAUGUAAAAUUUAUCAUUUUAUUUAAGCAUUUGGGCGUCAUUCGGUUUGAUUUCAUCACACAUGUAUAAAUUUUUUCAUUAGCUGUAAGCCUAUCUCAUCAUGUCAUCAGUUUCUUGUGUCCGCUGCUAUGAAUUAUCAUUCGUCAAAGAUAUAUCUCUAAACUUUGAUCUUGCUUAAAAAAUCAGUAGAUUUUGGUUUAUGUAAUUUAUUUUCAACCUCUUAGGAUUUAUUUAUCCAUUUAACAAUCUUCUUGCUUCAUGAUUUUUUUUUCUUUUGGAGAGGAUUAAGUCUUUGAAUGGGGAUGACUAGGAACAGGAUAAUCCUAUUUGAUGAUUAAUUUAUUUUUCUGUAUCUUGCCGAAGGAUGUUCGUACAUAAAGAUUCAUAGAGUGUGCAAAACCUAAAUAAAUUCUCUGGGAGCCAGAAAAACUUAUACAGUAAAAUUUCAUGUUCUGACAUAUUUUUAGUUAGUGCGUGUCAUUUCUCAUUUCAAAAUUGUAACGCUAAAAUAGCUACUGUUAAACUCUAAUAAAAAAAGUGAGCUGUUAAUUAGAUAAUUAAUUAUUUGUCAUGCUUUUUAAUAUCUGAUUUUUCUUAUAGCUAUUGCUUUUUGUUGAAACUCUCUUUGUCCCAUUCAAUAAUUUAUUUGUUGAGUUCCUCGUCUUCUGCAGGAUUCUAUCUCCAAUAUAUCAUUUACCUUGGCAGAUCCAUUGUCAUCCAAUGCAAUUGUUGGUACUAUAAGUCUCUCAUUUUCUGUUGAGGUACUAAUUUCUUGGAACUAGUUUUUAUUUUUCCUGUUUUUGAGUCAGUAAUCUUUUUAUAGUUCUUUGAAAUUUGAUCUUUUAACUUUUGGCAGGAUCCUAUUGUGACAGAACAAUCUUUUGCUCGACGUGUCUUAGCUAUAGUGGUAAAUUUUUUAUUAAGAGUAUUCUAGCUUUGAAAUCGAAAGUUUCAGUGAUAUUCUAUUAUACCUUCUUGUGAUGUUCAGUUCUGUAGUCGUUCAUCUUGUAGGAGAUUUAUAUCAAUGAAAUUCUGAUGUAGAAUGGUUACAUUAACUUCUAAUAUUAAUUAUUAUUCACAUAUUUUGAGUUGUACCAUUCUACAGUCCCUAUGCAUGGUUUUGCUGGGGUUUGCCGCUUAACAAUUGUGGACCAUUGGGGUUUCUUAAACCAUUUCAUUUGGCUCCGCUGUGAGAUUGACUCAUGCUUAUUUCUCCCUUAGAGGCUGUGAGAUUUAUUCUUUCAGGUUUGCCUUGGUGGAGGUCAUUGUAUGUCACACACUGUCUGCCAUUGAAAUUAUUUGAGAACAUGCGAAGGGACUAUGUAGGAGAACCUUACAAGAUCACAAUGAACAUAGAAGAAACAUUGACAACCUUAAUACGUCUACAGAAACGUGUAACAUUAUGAAUAUAGAAUAUUUAUGCAAAAACUCCAACGGAGCUUCAUGAUAGAUCAAGAAUGACGAAAAUGAUAAAACAGAAUGAUUGCAGAAAAUUCAAGGAUGUUGAAAAACCCUAUUAAACAUGAGAGAUUGAGUGAAAAUAUUUACGUUGUAGUCUAUUUUCCGCUUAUUUUCUUUACUUUGGCUUAUGAACCAACAUAUUAGUCUUUUUUCUUCAAAACUGAAUAAUACCCGGGAAUGCAACGAAGUUGUUAAAUGAAAAGCCAUAUUAAGCAGGUAAAAUUCAUGAAUGAACAUUUGGAUCCUAGCUUGUUUUUCGUUUACUAUCUUUUAACUUGGGCUUAUCAAAGCAACAUAAUGAUCUUUGUCUUGAAAACAAGAUAGCGUCAGUUAAUGCGAGGUCAAAAAGUCCAUUAAACGUCCAAAAAAUGAUUCAAUGUUUUUAAAUUCUGUUCUUGUUGCGGAAGGAAAAGAAUUCCUCUGCUGCUUUUUAUGAGCCAAAUGUGAAAAACCCGGCAUAUGAAAGUAAAUUAGGUAUGCGAUUUGAAAGCUUUGAAAUAUCAAGUGCUGUGUGCUCAUCGGAUAUAGUUUCCUAUUAUAGGAAAAAUGGAUCCCCAAAAUAUGAAUGCUUCGGCCCUGUGAUAAAGAAGAAUUGUCAUCGCAUAUCAAUUAAUCUGGAAUAUAAAAACGUUAGUUGUAUUAUUUCAUGAAUGUGUUGCGAGUAGUUGAGCAGAUUUAGGAAAGUAAUUCAAAUUUUAACUUUAGUUUUUGGCGUAUCCAGCUUUCAUGCACUGACUUGUGUGCCGGAUAUUUUGACGAAUGAUUUUUAUUUUAUAAUGAUGUUAUAUAUACUUUUAGAGGAGCCAUAAAAUUCACUAUUCUUGAAGAUUUGAGGUUUCAAUUUUCAAUUUUCAUAAUCCUUGUAUAUCUUUAUUUACUAAGCGAUUUUUGGAGGCAGGAUUACAAUCAAGAUGGAAUUCUUUCAUUAUCUGAGUUCUCUGAAUUGAUCACUGCUUUUGGUAAUCAAACUGCCAUUAGCAAGGUCUGUACUUUACGAUACAUAAUUAAUCCCGUGUUUGUUUCGAAUGUCUAAAUGCAAUAUUAUUGAUUUUUUUCAAUAUUAGAUAGAAGAACUUUUCAGAGAAGCAGACAAGAAUGGUGAUGGAGCCGUCAGUGUGGAUGAGUUGGCAAUUCUGUUGGCUGGUCACCAGGAAAAGUAAGGAUUCAGUUUGGGUGGUUUUAAGUAGAUAUAGUGUCUGCUGGAAGUAUCUUGAUAAGUCAAUCCAUUUCAUGUAAUUUAAACAUUUCCUGGAAGAUGUAAAAACAAAGACAGUAUGACCUUGUUUAGUUCCUUGGUAGGAGCGUUUCGUAAUAUCCGAAUUUUCUCGUGCAGGGAGUUACUUAUAAGUGCCUGUCCUGUUUGUGGUGAGAAACUUGAAGAGGUUCACAAGUUGAAUGUUGUAAUUCACUUGACAUUAUGCUUUGACGAGGGAACUGGAAAUCAAGUAAUGACAGGAGGAUUUCUGACAGAAAAGCAGGCUUCAUUUGGGUAAAGCAUUGUACAUUCUCGAGAAGACAUAAUUCGUUCCGUUUCCAUUACUUUCCCUUGUUUACUUCUCAUUAUCAAAUUAUUGGCAAGGUUUGAUACCCAUAUUAGUACCUUUUUCAUGUGUGUAGGUGGCUGUUGAAGCUAAGUGAAUGGGCCCACUUUUCGUCGUAUGACAUUGGUCUGCGUUCUGGAUCAAAUGCUUCGCACAUACUGGUGCGUUAUUUAUAAUAAAAAAACCAUUUUUCUACACAUUCUCUAUCCUUAUCCUUGUGAAUUAUAACCCUCCCGCUAGAUUUAUGAAAUUGUGAUGCUGAUACAGCUCGGCAAAUUUGCAUUUUUUGUGCUGUAACAAAACUUAGUCUCAUUUUUUCUGUGAUAAAGAAUGCUUACUGUUUGUUUUAUAAUUAUUCAUAGGGCGCAUUUCCUGAAGAUAGUAUUGAGCUGUAUUGAGUUUAGAGAUUCAGAAACCCAAAAUCAUAUUUUUUGUCUGAAUAGUUUUAGACGAGGCUGUAAAUUUAAACUGAAUGUGCAUCUAUUUCAGUUUUCAUCUGAAUUAAUUUCUAUAACCCAACUGAAAAUCUUAUCAUAUCAAAUGACUAGACGAGUCGUAUUUUGGAUGAGUCCAGACUUGGGGUGCUUAUCAUAACGCUUUUCUGAAUUUUUACCUUUCAUUUAAGUUUUGUUUCGUAAAUCCAACUUAUUAUGACAAGAAUUUUAGACAGGACAUCUUGUUUAUUGUAUCAGUCAUUGUAACAAAUCCGAAGGGCAGGACUAUGAACUCUUGUACUCAUUCUUCAUCGAGCAUGUUAAUGUGUUUCAUAAUCUGAGGAGACUGGUUAUGUCUUUUACAUUUGGUGUCUGAGAUUCUCAUCAUGUCUCGUAAUAGAAACUUCUAAUACUCCUGUUUCCAUCAACAUAUAAGUUAGAGACUUUAUGGUGACAAAGCGCCGUGCAUUUAAUUUGAGAUGUUGUGUCGAUAUAAAAAUUCCGAAAAUGCACUCUAUAGCUGCAAAUUAAUCUGGCAUUUUGAGUCUAUUUUAAUCUUGAAGUUUUGUUUCCAUUUUAACAUUAUUAUAUAAUACAACUGAAUGCAAGUAAAGAUAACUGCGGUCAAAUACUUCAUCACUCUCUUAAUGCUUUCAAUUAUUUCAGGUUUUUGAUCGAAUAACUAAGAGACUAGUAGAAGAAGUCAUCGAUGGAAAAAUUAUUUUGUCAAUGAGAGCGAUUUAUCAGUCUAAAAUUGGGCUUACCCUCAUUGAUAAAGGUAUGGAUUUUAGGCUUUUUUGUGCUCCCGCAUCAGUUUUAACAGUCAAAUAAUAAGACAUUACUGUGUUCACAAAAAAUACAAAGAAUCCAUAAAACUAACUGUUGGAAAUGGAGAAACGACAUCUGUCACGGAGGACAGAGGGGAGAACGGCGGAAAACCGCCUUACUCAUUCAUCAUUAAUGUCCCUUGAAUAGGCACGAACCCUAGAUGCACUUUCCCAUAAGACCCUUAGUCAUUUACAAUAUUACACUUAUAUCUUCUCACACUAACGAUGUGAACAAGUUGAGAAACAACAUGCAUUCUAUGAUGUUGUUUCGUUCUUCUGUUACAAACCUUGGGAGUAUUAUUUUCGUUUUACUGAAAGAACCAUAUUAAGUGAACAACUGCCUAGUCUAGAUGUUUUUCUUGAGAGACCAUGUAUAAAAUUCAUUUGUAAAAUAAUUGAGCGUUUAUUCUUUCAGAAAAAAACAAAUAUUUUUUGUACACAGUGAUAUCAUGUUGCUGAUAAAAGGAUUUUUUUUGGAUGAUAAUCUCGAAUUCUAACUAUUUGACUCUUUUAGUGCAACAUGCUUAUUUCUUUGGAAGGACAGUGCAUAUCCGACGUGUCAUAUUUUUAAGUUGCUCCUCUCCAGCGUCAUAUCCAACAGUUAAUAAACUAUUUGAUUGUGGUUCACAUGAAAUGGGACUAUUAUUACCAAUUCAUUUUAAUAAACAGUUCCUUACCUGUAAACUGUAUUUCAUGGGCACUUAUGCUGCUUUUCGUUCGUCUAGGUGCUAAGUCAAUACUGCAAGGCAUUUCAGAGAAACAAGGAAAGAAGAUGAGUACAGCUGAAUCGGCUAAAAAAAUACCAGAAUUUAUCGAAUUCUUUAAGGUAGAGUUGCUGUCGUGAUAGUUAAUAUGUUUUUGCCCACGAAGUUUUCUAUAGAAAAUAAAGAUUAGUGAAAUAUUCUUUAAGGUGUCUUGCUUUACACAACUUUGUUGUCUCUGUGUAGUUGGUCUAUUUUACAAGCUGGCUCACGUUUCCAUAUUUAGGCCAUAAUGUUAAUCAAAGUGUCAUACGUUCCUAAGGAGAGAAUGAGUAUAAAAAGUUGGCUGCUUACUGAUAAAUGAAAAGAAUUUUGCAUCAAGAAAGAUCUCUCUCAUCCAGAAUAGUCUUCUUCGUCACCAACCCUUGACAUCGUUUAAUUUAUAUCGUCAAACCAAUGAGGCAAUUACACUUCUCUUCUGUUCCAAAAUAAACCAAGCAUUAUGUUUUGAUAACGACCAGAAAUCGAGUCCAACUUAAUGUCAUAGUCCUGGUACAUAUAUGCUGAUUGCUCAGGACCAUGUACAUAGAUGGUUGCAGUUGACUCGGAAUUGAAUGCAGUGGGUUAUAUUGGCUAAUUAUGAAGACCCUACGAAAAAUGUAGAAUUAGAAAUCCUGAUUUUAUCGUGUUUCAUUUGUAUACCAACAUCGAAUCUCUUACUAUUUUCCAGUAAUUAUCAAGCCUCUUCAACUGUUUUGUCAUAAAUACCACCACUAUGUCAUCUAGUGAUCGCACAGUGGAUGGGUUGUUUAAAUUUUCCUUUUUGAUGUUAGACUGUUAUUUUUCCACUGUCUUCAGUCUUCAACUCCACUAGAAAUGGUGUUUGUUUCCCACUCGAGAACAAGGAUUUAUAUAUAGACCCUAAAUUGGUCUGAAUCUGUUUUUAAUUCUGGCUGGGCAAAUGGCUGACCUCAGUUGUACAAGAAGACGAGUCAAUCUGUAUGAUCUGAGGACAGAUCCCUAUCUGGGUAGCUUAUAUGGUUGCGUGAACGGAUUCCUAGUACCAUGAUUAUCUUGUCCCUAUUUUCUGAAUGGAAAUUAUGAGAGGCGUAUUUACGUUUAAUUUUUUUGGAGGACAUGUUGUUUCGUGCCAAUGUUAUCCGGGUGUAAUUGUCAAUAUUCUAGGUUACUAAUUCAUGUAUUCAUCCUUAUGCUUAAUGUUUUUUAAGUCUUCUGGCUAAUAUUAUCUUUAAUCAUGCAAGGAAGUGAUACUCGUUAAAUUUUUCAGGAUCAAAUUAAUGUUGAUGAGAUGAAGCAUCCGAUUGAACACUUUAAGGUAGCCUCUUAUACUGUACUGGUAUCAAAUGAAUAAUUUUGUAAUCAUCCCGCCAUCAUCUUGAAGACUUUGUCUCAUGUAUCUUUGUUCAGCGUGCGAUCAUCAGAUUUGCGUGUAUUUGAGCAAAACAAUGACUAUUUUUCUUAUUCAAUAUCACAUUGAUGCAUAACGGUCUCCUACAUGAUGAGGCGCCUCACAAAUAUUAUGUUCUGUUUCCUUUUUAUUUGUAUCAACAAUUGUAUAUUCUUUUGGACCAAAUUCAUUGAGCCAUACAAAUUAUUGAGGUCAUAUUUAUCUCUAAGAUUUAUUAAUAGGCUAUUAGAAGUAUUGCUUUACACUUAUUGGACCUUAUAAAAUAUCAAAAAAAUCUAACUAAAUAUUAGAGAAAACAUCUUUGAAUUGUUGGCACAUUACACGUUCCUGUGUCCAGUUAGAACUCUUUGAUUCAGAUGUAAGUGAUUAGCUAUCCCAACAUUCUGAGACACGUCUCUAUUGUGAUCUGUAGAGACGGGGUCAGACAACCCUGAAGUAGGUGACUAAGGAAGAGUGAAAACAGAGAUGAUGGACAAGCAAGAAUGAAGAUGACUGUAGGAAGGUAGUCGGACAGCAUAGAUGGAGGCAGCUCAGGUGACGGUAAAUGGGAAUGUGAGGAGGAUGAGGAACAGGCAUUUAUUGGGGAUUGUAGAUGUUCUGCGGUGACAAAAGUUAAAGGAUCCAGUCAGUCAUGAAAUCAUGAAAAGUAUCUAAUUAAGGCUGGUGGCAAGUGUUGGUGUUUUCAAAGAUGAAGAGGCGGAAAGUGGGGGCAACGAUCGAGUCACCUCUCCAUUUCUGUGGGGUCGAAAUGGGGAGGAGAUCGCAGAUAUGUGGAGGAAAAUUUGGGGCAAAAAAAUUGGUUAAGGUACCAUCAUAACUUUGAGAACAUCUCAAAGUUCUGCAAUAAAUCUCUUUCUCAAUAAUCAUAGUAUGUCAGUAAAAUAAAAUAAAAAGAUUAAUUGGUUAUCUAGAAAAACCAAUUUCUGAAGUCCUUGUUGUCUUGGUGAACAAUGCGUCCACUUUAUGUCUCGUAUUCCAGAAAUGAUUCCUUCUAGAUUUGAAUUUUUUUUCCUAAAUCUAUUAGGUGGUAGGGGGGGACUGCCAUAUGAGAACUAUUGAUGUGAUAACUGAUACAAUAGGUCAUCUUCAACAUGGCAUGGCCUAUAACAUAAUGAACACAUUUCAUACAACUCUGUUUUUGGCUGUUUAUAAAUUAUCCGUAUCUAUGUUUUAUUUCACUGUCAUGACUUGUAUAUUCCAUUUCUAGUAUCAACCCCGAAAUAUGUGGUAACCAAUAAUCAGACUUGUUUAAACAUAUUUACUUCAUCACACCUCUCCUUUUAUAUCAUAUUUCGUGGGGCCGUGGUUAGUAUGAUCAACUUAUAAUUAUGAAGUUUUAAAUUUGUGUUCACAGAGAAAGUCGGACAGUGCCUCCAACUGCAUUUUCUGUGUUAUAAUGCAGCAUUGAUAAAUUGAUGUAUCCCAUCAGUACAUGAACUUUGUCUUUUAUGCAGACAUUUAAUGAUUUCUUCAUAAGGGAACUGAAAAAUGGUGCAAGACCAAUUGCUUUUAAAGAACGUGAUGAUAUCGCUACUUGUGCUGCUGAUUGUCGUCUCACAGCUUUUGAAUCUGUUGAUGAUAGUUUAAGGUUUUGGAUAAAGGUGAGUUUUUUAUUCCCUGGGCAAGAAUUGUCAUAGUAAUAUUUUUUUGACAAUAACUCUUCUUGGAUGUGAAAAAUGAACACAGAAGUUAAAUACAUUCUUUCGUACUUCGGACGAGUUCAUUUCUCCCUCUCUCUCCCCUCAUUUUUCUUAGCAUAUUUUUCGAUGCGUUAAAAUGCAUUAUUUGGAACACAGAUGAAAGGAUGUCUUAAUAAUUGGUUAAGGGAUUCAUUGCAUAUCGAUGUUUACAUCCAUAAGCCCAGAAAACGGUUUGCAUGAUAAUAACCCAUGCUAAACAUCAUAAGGCUGAUGUGUAAUGUGGAUUCUAGCAUGAUGUCUCUUUGAUGCUCAAGUAAUACUCAAUCGUGUUAUUUACUUUUAAUAAAUAAAUAAUUCAUUGAAAACAUAUUAUAAAUUAUGCUCAAGCCAGAAAUGGUCUUUGCAGUAAGUGCGGCAGUGACACCUAUAUCAACUCUCUCAGAACACUGUUAUUACUUCCUAGACCAUCUUUCUGUCCGACGUGUUUACCUGUUGAGACUUUUCACUUGCCAUGCGGAAAAGCUAAUAUGUUGCACAAAGUAUAAAGGCCGAGAGGAAUUUAUUGUUGCAUAGUGGCAGGCUUGAGGUUACACUGCGACCAUUCUUAUUAUCCUGCGCUUUUGUAGCUAUUGAUGAGAUAAUACCAAAAUUCCCAAUGUCAGAAAUUAACAGUUAUUUUAUUUUUAUAAUAUCUUAAAUACUUUUCAGGGACGUAAAUUUUCCAUUCGAGGUUUACUUGGGGCAGAAACUUAUUCUAGUACUUUUGACCAAGGAUCCUUGGUGAUAUUUCGACUGGCACCUCAAGUACUCUUUGACACUCCUUUCAGCUUUGAGUAGAACGUUUUCUCUUAUUUCGUGACAUUCAACUCAAGAUGAUAACCCCGAUUUCUCGUUCCUAAUCUUGCAGGACUAUCAUCGUUUCCAUUCUCCGGUUUCUGGGGUGAUUGAGAAAUUUGUAGAUAUACCUGGAUGCCUGUACACGGUACUUUUGAAUUUAUUUUUUUUUUCUUCACUGUAUAAGCUCAUCCGUUUCUUAAGUGCUUUUUCCUGGUUCUGAGUUCUGAUUGCUUUUUUCUCCUUUUUUGCCAGGUUAAUCCCAUAGCCGUGAACAGUAAUUACUGCAAUGUAUUUACCGAGAAUAAGCGAGCUGUAUCUGUCAUUUCAACCAAAGAUUUCGGGAAGGUAUACUUUGUGGAACUUAUUAAUAAUGAUAUCCCUUUGAUAUAAUUGUCACGGUCCACAGGGACAAUGGGACUUGACCCAGUGUGUGGAGGUGGGAUUUUUCUAAUGACCCUGAUCCUCCUCGAUACUGGUUAGGAUCAGAAGAUUUGCAUAUUUGAAGUCUUCGUCGAAUAUCAAAUUUAUAAGGGAGUUUCGACCGUGUAUAUGUAUGAUCGAGACAGCCAGAGUCACUUCAAGUCUCAAUAAUGUACAAUAUGGCUGGGAUUUUCACCUUCCAUACAAAACCGAUAGCGAGCAAUCAUUUCUCCCUUCCAAGAUUUUAUUUAUAGUGGAAAAACCCAGUUCACGAAAUAAGCAUAGACCUGUCAUUACCUUGCAAACCCAAAAUUUUGGUUGAGAACAUCUAAAGGGGUGGUCUAACAUGCCGUGCUUACUUAUAGCUCUUAAUAUUUUUGAUGCAGGUGGCAUUUGUUGCCGUUGGAGCUACGAUGGUAGGUAGCAUCACAUUUGUGAAGAAAGAGGGCGAGUUCAUCAACAAAGGAGAUCAGGUUAAACUUGAGAUUUUAUUUAUUUACUUAUUUAUUUCUCCCUCCGUAUUUGAUAAAUAUUGACUAACGUGGGGCGAUUCUUUCAUGCAUUUCAGUUCGGAUAUUUCUCAUUUGGAGGAAGCACUGUCAUCUGCGUCUUUGAAAAGGUCUAUUUCUCUGCUCAAUAAUGACAUUCAUCACUCCUGCUUUGUUGCACCUGAAACUGGUUAUUCCUCCUUUCGAGAUAUCAACCACCUUGAAACCAAACUCACUAUGAACAUGCUUCUGGAGUUCUAAAGUAGUUUUAUGAUCACCCUUUCCUUCCUCCAUGGAAUCACAGCAAAUUAUUGCUUUCCCCAUUUUUGUUGGUACUUUAUGCAAUCUAAACCAAGGACAUAAAUCGUGAAACGGUGAAGAAAUCAUUAGUUAGUUUACGUGGGUGCCGGAAUUCAACCUUUUAAUUGGUGAUUUCGAGAUAUGCAAAGAGGCUUCCGACAGAAUCAGACCACUUGGUGAACAUAUUCAAUGCGUGUAGCAAAAAACUGGAGUAGUUACGUACAAAAAACUCUUCCAGGAGAAGAUUCGUUCCCUGGUAUCAAGACUCAAGUAGGUACCUAGGAGUGUAGAACCAGAACAAUCAUCCUUUGAAACGAGUGGUAUGAGACGGGCAGAAGUAUGAGAUGUGGAAGAAGCAGAUGGGAAUAAAAUUUUCUUCUUAAUCCUCAUUUUUCAUACUUGAGCUCGAGAUCUCAUGAUCGUAUGUGCUAACUAGUUAGGCUCCAUUACUCUUUGCAGGAUGCGAUAGAGAUCGACAAGGAUCUCCUCUCAAACAGCAGGAGAUCGCUGGAGACGCUCGUCCGUGUGGGAAUGAGGCUGGGUGUCUCCAGAAGAAGUGGAGGCCCCAUUCAGCUGCCGCGGGUGGAAGAUUGCGCUCUGGAAGGUUGA